AUGAAGUUGGAAGAGGCUGAGUCCGUUAAGAAAUUCGCGUUUUUUGGUGAGUUUUUUGAGCUAAAUGUUGCGAUUUUAGAUUUUCAUGGUCCCCAGAAGUCCUGAAUUUCAGUAAAGAGAAUCAGAUGACCUUCUAAUUGUUUAGGUUUCAUGUCUGUAGUUCAGAAGAUCAAAACAAUCAAAAAAGUUUCAACAAUCUUUAGUUUUUGUAGAUCAAAAGAUCAGAAGAUCUCUAAAAAUUUUGAGAAGCAAAAUUUUAAAUUUUCAAGAAAAUUUUUAUAGGUUUUUAGAUUAAAAGAUGAAAAGUUCAGAAGAUCGAAUAUUAGAAUUUGUACAUACUUGUAACAUCUACUGAAGUAGUUUCAGAACAAGUUUUCUAGAUCUGAAAUGCUCCUUCUGUGAGAAACCUAAAUCUAUUUCAUUUCCCUCCAAAAAUCUUUCGUUUUGCAGGCGUUGCUGUUUCAACCAUCGCCACUUUGACAGCAAUCAUCGCAGUUCCGAUGCUCUGCCUUCACAUGCAAAACAUCCAAUCUGGACUUCAAGACGAACUCGUCUACUGUAAGGCCAAAAACGUUGAUCUCCGCUCCGAAUUCUUCAAGCUCAACUCGAUUCGCUUGGAAGCCAAGGAUCGUUUGAAGCGUCAAGCUCAAGAGCCACAACUUUGUUGCUCUUGCGGAAUUGGAGCCACCGGAGCACCAGGAACUCCAGGAAAUGAUGGAGCACCGGGAGAUGAUGGAAGACCAGGUAACGAUGGACAACCAGGUCGCGAUGCUGUUAGAAAUGACGAAGUCCCAACCGCCGCUGAUUUCUGCUUCGUCUGCCCACCAGGCCCACCAGGACAAGCCGGAGGACCAGGACCAAAGGGACCACCUGGCCCACCAGGAGGAGCUGGACAACCAGGAAAUGGAGGACGUGGAGGGCCAAGAGGACCACCAGGACCUCGCGGAGCAUCAGGAGAACCAGGACAAGAUGGUGGAGCUGGAAAUCCAGGACAAGCUGGACUUGUUAGAACUCUCCCAUCACCACCAGGACAACCAGGACAACCAGGAGAGCCAGGUUCAGUUGGAGAAACAGGUGCCGAAGGUCGUCCAGGACAUCCAGGUCGCGCUGGACCACCAGGACCACCAGGAGACAAUGGCGGAGCUGGAGAACCAGGAAAAGAUGGAGAAGAUGGAGCACCAGGAGUUCCGGGAGCCCCAGGACCAAAAGGAUCUUGCGAUCAUUGUCCACCACCAAGAACCGCACCAGGAUAUUAG